AUGCGACGAAGAGAGGACGCGGGUUGGCUUGAUGUCAUCAUGGAUGAUCAUGGAGAGUUUAGCAUAAGGGAUCGUGGUCGUCUUUCACGGCUGGUGAAGGAGUUAAAAGACCCAGAGAAACAACACCCAAUGCUAUACCUUUUUAUUGGCCAAAACAUCAAAGAUGAAGCGCUCAAUGCACUCUUCAUGAACAAUAUAAAACGGACCAGAUCCAAUGCAACUGUCAACCUUCGAAGUGACAUAGGCAAGGAGGCUUCAGAUAUGCCGAUCUUCCUUGCUGAUGGCAAUCUGAUCACAGAUAUUAAACCACAGCAUAUAUCACCUGGCAAGCAGGGAAGGAUAUAUCCCAUUGUCCGGUCAACAUUCACAGACAACGAAAUCCUUCCCCUGCUUUACGCCCGGCUUCUUUUUCUCUUUACUGACAUUGUCUGUAUAUUUGCGGAUGACUUUCCAGGACUCGAUUGCAUUGCAGAUUUCCUCAUCUUUGCUGCAAAGGUCGGUUCCGCCUCCAUCCUCCCAGUCCAGAUCAACGACUUUAACCGCAACAUAUCUGCCAACCGCGGUCACAUGUCAAAUGCGUUCUCCGAUAUACGGGUGGUGUCCCUGGAUAAAAUCUGUGAAACACAUCGUGCAAGCACACCAACUCGCUAUUGCCGGUUGAAAGGUGUCCUUCAACAUCAAGCUGACCAUAUUACGAACAUGCGCUCUGCCCACCGAGCCAGAUUUAAAGCAUUUCAUCUCAAGACCCUCUUUCAAGCGGCUAUCGAACACACCGCAGCCACGGUACUUGAGUCAUUUGAUCAUGUCAGAGCGAUGCGCACUGGGAAUGAGCUUUCCCCAGGCUUGAGCAGCCAUCUUGCAACCUACCUUGAACUUGGAUCCAAAGCAGGGAUUCCUAUUGAGGAUCUGACACCUUCCAUGGCUUCAGCAAUGAUCACUGAUAACUAUCCCCCCCGAGCCCACUUCCCUCUUGUUAUUGAUCUUGUGCCGCCCACGAAACGCGUGAGCAUUUUGGCUAUUGAUGGUGGUGGAGUCCGUGGUGUCAUUCCACUUGAAAUUCUCCUUCUGUUACAGGAGAAGCUGGGAGCUUGUCCUGUAACUGAUGUGUUUGAUCUUAUAAUGGGAACCAGCUCCGCCCUUCUGACAAUAGCACAGGUUACGAGUUGGUCAGACCCGAGCAUGAAAACGACCCAUUCCUGUGGCAAGCGAACCUUCCAAGACGGUGGACUCAGGGAAAAUAAUCCGGCAUGGAUUGCCCGCCAGGUGAGCCGUCACAUCUGGCCAGCAAAGAAGGCAUUAGCAUUGCUAGUCUCGAUUGGUACAGGAGUACAAGAGAACUGCCCACAGAGUCAAGUCGCGCCGUACUUCCGGAAUGUAUUCAAGGACGGCUUCGCCCGCCGUGCUCUCAAUGCCUGGCUCUCUUCUCUGGAUGGCGAGAAAAAGUGGAAGGAUUUAGUUAGUCAGCUGGACGACGAUGCGAAGCAGGAUCAUAUUCGACUGAAUGUCCCAUUAAAAGGUAUGGCUGCGGCUAUUGAUAACAUAAAUGACAUCGAUCUCUACCGUGAUCUUGUCAUUCUUCAGCCGGGGGUUGCUAGAAUGGCGGCAGAGGCAGCAUCUGCGCUCCUUAUCUCAACUUUCUAUUUUGUACUUGACACCAUUCCAGAAAGCAACGAUGGGAACCUACACUGCCGGGGAACCAUUCGCUGCCGACCACCCGUCAAGUCCAUAUUGCCGCCCCUCAACCUGCUUCAUGGGUCACAGCAAAUGUGCUUUGCCACAGAGAGUGAAUUCCUUGGCUAUUUCCUUGGUGAGAAGGAUAUCUGUUCCUGCUGCAAACGCUAUGCCAAAAAAAUAUCAUUUGAGGUGCGGCAUCUUGAUGAGGAAAUCAUCAUAUAUAUGGAAUUAGAUAGGAAGCAACGCCGGAAGAUCAGUGGGUUUCCCGACACUGUCAACUCCUUCAUUAAGGAGCAGGGAUUUUUGUCUCCUUUUGGCAACCCACAUCAUGACUCUCCUGGAACGCAACGAUGUACUGCAUGUGACAACUCUAAGCGGAAAUCAAGCCAAUCUCAGAGUUCGAGACCACAGAAGAUGCGUCGUUUGGCAUGA